UAGUUGUGAAUGUUGCAAUGUGAUCACACAUGUCAGUUUCUAGAGGAGCUGCAGGCGGUGGGUCUUCUGGCAUGUUUGUGAGGCGAACCCGCAGUUGGACAGAAGAGGCGAGUAGACUCAUCGCACAGGGGGAGGAGGCCACUGCAAGUCCAGAAGUACUCCUUGCCUCAUACAGGAACUGUCUGCAGAAGUUGAAACAGGAGUGCGAGUGGCUGAGUCUAAAAGUGACAGCUGUUGAACAUUCCAACAAUGCACAGGUGGUCAACAAGCUCAUCUCGAAGGAACUCAACAUCGCCAAUCAACAGUGGGAGGAAAAACUGGAGCUGCUUCGCCAGGAGUUCCGAUCCAACUUCGACCGCAUUUGCAAGUGUGCCAAUCUGGAAUCCUACAAGUGCUCCAAAUGCGCGCAGCAAUUGGACUCCAAACUGAAAGAUCUCAGCGACGAACUCAAAGAUGUAACACAGCAGUACGAUCAAGAAAAACGAAAUAUAGCCUCGGAGUUUGAGCGAAAAUUGCAGCUGAUUCUAGACGAACAGUUCGAUUGUAGAGUUAUGAUUGAAGGCGACAAUUCGCUGGGCGACGGACAAAAGAGUGCAAUUUUAUCUCAACUUCAGGCAUUGCAUAACUCGGAACUGGAUUCGGUCAUAGGUAAGUACGACUUGCAACUGAAUCAGGAGAAAGAAAAAGUGGAAAAGUUGGAAUUUGAGAUCCUGGAGUUGCAAAGUGAGGAAAAAGGUAUUGAAGAGGAUUUGAGACGGCAGAUUGAGAGUUUGGAAAAGGAGAAUUUUCUACUGAAGGAGGAAAAUACGCACCUGAAAAGCAAAAACACCUCAAUUCUCAAUGGCACAAAUGAGGAUCAGAACGUCGUCAAAACAUCAUCAGGAUCUAAAAGUGACGUCAUACUAACGACGUGUACAACCGAGUCUGGAAUUGCGUCUGGAACCCCGAGUCAAAAUGUGGAAGAACGACUUCCUUUGAUGACGUCAUCUUCGGUCGCUUCAAUUUACUCCUCGUUGUCGCCUCUCGGGCUUAUUUUACCUUCGUGCUCGAGUGGAUAUCCGACAUCGCACAUUUCAUCUUCAUUUUCGGAAAGAGAUUUUCAUUUGAAAAAUAAGUUGGACCAAGUUGCAAGGAGAGUUAAGUUUGGCCUGCCGUUGUCCGACUCUGCGUGGGAUAGCUUCAGUGUGAGCAGCUUCAACAUGCGGGAUUUGGAGGUGGCGCUGGCUGCGUCUUUUACUCCAGGCGUGUCUCUGGCAGGGCCAAUUGCUUCUACUCCUCGCGACAGAAAUAUUUCACUGCCGACAUUGGACUGCCAAGUAACUCCUUUCGCGCGAGACCUUGAAAAGUACAAACAUGCUCAAGAAAACAAUGGUUUUGAAACUCAUGUACAAGAAGCAAAUGUGAGUGUUAGCCUUGCAAACCUGAAAGAAGCUGUCAAAAGUUUGACUCAAGAGCAUCGUCAACAUAUAAUUGACGAGCUGUUAGUUCUAAAUAGGGAUGAAAAGGCGACAGAACAGGCGUCGGCAAUUGAAGGGCAAACAUUGAAUAAUGCAUCAACUAAUCUGGAAAAAGCAGUUGAAGAUAUUGACGACCUUUUUGAAUCCCAAUCGAAUGAGAGGUUAGUUCACUCUCAAGAAGAAUCAGUUACUGUGACUGAAGUUUCGCAGGUGUUUAGUCCUCCUGUCGAUGAUAUCAAAUCAGGAUCCGAAGCGGAUAAAGUACACGUGUUUUAUGCUGAUGAGAUUUGUAAAAUUUUAUCAGAUACAAACAUUCCGUUUUUCAAAUAUUAUAAACCGAAUGAAACGACCCAAGAUUCGAAAGCCAGUGGCUUGGUAUUGCAGGAUAAUUUGGAAAAAUUAGGAACAAUUCAUGGAACUUUCAUUAGUUUAAAAACGCAAAUAGAUAGUUUUCAUUCUUACAAAGAAGAUUUUGCCAAGCAAUUAGCUAGUUUGACCCAGGAAAAGGAAACCUUAUUAAAUGAAUAUAAUUCGAUGGAACAUCAAUUAGCUGUUUACAUUCGAGAUAAACAUCAUUUUGAAAAUGAAACUAUUCGUUUGAAUGAAGAAAAUAAGUCUGUUUGCGAAUCUCUUAAAGCUAGUCAAACAGAGACUGAUCGAUUAGGCGAUGAAAUCAAAGUUCUAAAUGAACUAGUUACUAAAAAAGAAUCCGAAGCUUCUGAGUUGUCUAAAGAACUUGAGAUAAUAAAACAGCAACUAGGCGAUAUAGAAACAGAGAAUGCUCGUUUAGCAGAAAAAAUGGAUCCCUUACAAGAACAACUGUACGUUAAAGAUUCGGAAAACGACGAAUUAGCCGACGAUGUUAAAAGAUUGAAGGAAAUAAUACAAGAUCAGGAAAUUGCUUCGGCUAAAAUAACGAAGGAGAUCAGUUCGUUACAUGAACAAUUGAAUGGCAAAGAAAUAGAAAAUUUUGAGUUAGCUCGAGAAAUUCAAAGCCUGAAGAAAAAAGUAGAAGUCAAAGAAAAUGAAACUGUGCAAUUAGCCGACAAAUUGGAAUCCUCUACUGAGCUGUUGGGUGUUAAAGAAACAGAAAAUGCGCAGUUAGCCGAAAAGAUACAAUCAUUAAAUGUGGACUUAUCAGAUCAAGAAGCAUAUUCGGCUAAAUUAAGCGAAGAAAUAAUCGUGCUUAAAGAUACCAAAGACAACAAAGAAACAAAGGUGGCGCUAAUAGAAGAAAAACUAGAACUCUUGAAUGAACAGUUGAGUAAAAAAGAAGCAGAACAUGAAAAAUUAACCGAAGAGAUAAGAACGUUAAACGAAACUCUGGAAGCCAAAGAAGACGAAAAUUUGAAAUUAGCCGAAACUUUAGGUGCAUUAAAUGAGGAUUUGGGUACUAAAAACACAGAAGUUUCCCAAUUAGCAGAAAACUUGACAACGCUAAAUCACCAGCUUGCGAUCAGAGAAGCCGAAAAUACUAAAUUAGCAAAUGAAGUUAAAGAACUGAGCGAACUUCUGACUAUCAAAGAAUCGGAUUUGAUGGGAAAUUCAAUUAAGUUGGAGAGUUUAAUCGCAGAACUCGACGCUACACGAGAAAGUUUUGCUGAAUUAUCGGCCAAUUUUGAAAAUCAAAAAUUGUUGCUUGAAAAAUUGAACUUAGAAAAAAGCGAGUUGUCUACUAAAAAUGAAGAUUUAAAUGCUACUUGCUUAGCUUUAGAAAAUUGUAGAAAUAAUGCAGAGACUACUGCACUAGAACUGAAAAAUAACCUACGUGCUAAGACCUCGGAUCUGACUACACUAAAUGAACAAUAUUCAAAAAUGGUCAACAAAUUAGACGAUUCUUUAGUGUUAGUGGAUCGCUUUCAAAACGAGGUCCAAGUUUUGAACGGUAAAAUUUGUGCCAUGGAACAACAAAUGGUAAAAUCUGAACAAAUUGAUAAUUUUGCUCAAACUGAAAGUGAUAUUGGCGAAACUUCGCGAGUAAAAUUAGACAACUUUAAAGUGAUAAUGCAUGAUGGUAUUGAAGAACAGCUUGUACGAUUGUUAGUUCAAAAUGCAAUCAGUGACGCAGUUCUAGAUCAAAAAGCAGAUCAGAUCCGAAAACUUCUGAAAAAUUUCCAGGAAAUUCAACAGAAUUCACAUGUAGAUUUCGAGAACCUGAGUUCAGAAUUCAAAAUAAGCAAAGCUAAAAUUGACUCUUUAGAAGCCGAAAAGAAAGGCUUAGAAUCCAAUUUGGAAAGUUUCAAGGUUGACGUUGAAAAUUCAGUGGCUACAAUUGCUAAUAAAGAUAGCGAAAUUAAUGACUUGAAGCAACGUUUGACGACAGUAGAAUCUUUGAAAGACGAAUUUCAGAAAAACAACGAUUUUUUAGUCGAUGAUAACAAUGAGCUAAAAGCUAAAAUAGAUGAAUUGGAAAACGAAAAAAGUACGCUCAAUGAGAUGACUAAUUUGUAUCGGAGCGAAAUUUUGGGGCUUCAAACUGAUCUUACUGAAACGAAGGAAUCCGAAAAAACGCUUAAUGAAAAGGUAAUAGCGUUGACCUCUGAAGCCGAAAAUCUCAAGGAAGUUAAAGUUGCGCUACAGGUCAAGUGCAAAAGAUACGAAGAUCAAAUUGAAGAGUUUUCAGAUAAAAUCGCAAAGUUAACUGAGGAAAACUUAUCUGAUUCUGAAAUAAUUGAGAACAUCAAAUUUGAAAAUAAAACGCUGAGUGAAGAAUUAGAUCUAAAAAUCCAGAAUUUCUUAGCACUUGAAAAGUUGAAAGAGUUUUCAGAAGCUGAAAACUUCGAGUUGAAAGAAAAAAUAGAAAGUCUGCAUACCGAAAAUGUUAAACAAAAAGAAGCCAUCACAAGUUUGGAGGUCGAAAUUUCGAAUUUGAAGAAUGUAAUAGAAAUCGCCCGCUCAGAAAAGGAAACGCUAGAGGCUCAAAUAACUGAUCUGGAAAAGUCUGUUGCCAUCAAAGAAGAAGAAAAUCAAAUUCUGUGUGCAGAUUGUGAAAAAUUGAAGAAAACAUUAACUGAUUUGAAUUGCGAAAAAGAACGUUGCAUUGAACAGCAAAACGCCAUGCGAAAUGAUUUUGAAGAACAGAAAGCUCACCUGAUUACGAAGAUCGAUGAGUUAGAGAGCGAAAAGUUAGAAAAAGUGGACCAAAUAGACGCCCGUCUUAAAGUAGCUAAUAAUGAAGUAUCAGCUUUAAAAGAAUCACAUUCUGCUUCUGAAGAAAAAAUCAAAGAAUUAGAGCAAGAAAAAUUGAAACGGGAUAAAGUGAUAUCAUUAUUCGAGGAGGAAAAAAUAACAGAUCAGCUGAAAAUUGUGAAUUUAGAAAGCGAAAAUGAUAACUUGAAACAAGAGAUAAAAGGUAUGGAACAUAAACUUGGUCAAAAAGAACACAAAUCAAGACAGUUGGAAGAAAGUUUGGAAUUAAUCCAGUUAAUGAAAUGUGAAAAAGCGAUGGUCGAUGAAAAAAUUUUGUCAUAUCAAAAUGACAUCGACAUUUUAACGAACGAAAAUCAUGAAAUGAAUGUUUCGUUUAAAAUAUUCAAAGAAAAUAUUCAAAGUUUAGAAGUCAAAUGCGAAGGCAUCCUUGAAAAGGUCAAGCCUGAUUUUGAAUCAGACUGUUUAAAUGAUAGUGAUACUUCUGAAGACAUAAAUUUUCCAAAUAUUUACAAAUUAAUUGAAUCUUUUCCUGAGGUUUUGGAAAGUAAAUGCUCCGAAAUUGGAGUUUUAAAGGAUGAAAUUAAACGUUUGACGGAAAUCAAUGACUCACUUGUUUUAGAAAGUUUAGAAAACGAAGGUGUUACUCAAUCAAGUAACACUGCCGGUUUGAAACCAAUUUUGGAGGAUAAUGUUUUGAAUUUGAACUUAACCGACCUUGAUCAAGAAUCGCCCACAAGAAAUUGUGCAGUUGAUAAUCAAAAAACUUACAGCCGAUUUCCGAACGAAGAAGAAUCGAGAAGCGAUAGUUCCAAAUCAGCUGUAAACUCCGACGACCUUGACGAAGAUGCCAUUGACCGAAAAGAUGUUCACGUUGAACGCGUUGACGUAGCUGCAGUCGUGUCGACCAAAAAUUACGUCACCGAAUCUCCAAUUUUUUGCAGCAGUGAAACUUCAAAUUUUCUCCUUGCGGCCACAGGAAACGAAAAUUUUGAAACCGUUGAAAACGAAAAUUGCGAAUCUGUUGAACGUGCAGACGGCCGACAGGAAAUGAAGCCGAAAACGGGAGUGUUUUCAAUCAUUGACCCGAACGUGGCCGAAGGAAUGACGUCAUUUUCGACCCCAUUCGUGGACGAAGUGUUGAAAGCUAGCCCGAGAAAGCGACUGUGUGGGAAUGAAGCUUGUAACAGGGAAGUGCUGAAGUUGAUGACUAAAUUUGACGAGCAGAUGGCAAAUCAGAGUGCGAUUUGUGAACGAAGAGCGAGGGAGAUCACAGAGUUGAAUGAGCUGGUGAAUCUACUGCAGAAAGACUUGAACCAGACCCGAAAGCAGAACGAAGACAUAGUUGUCGAGCAUGAUGCAGUUGUCGAUGUGCUGGACCAAGUUGCCAAGGAACAAAUGGAUACUCUUCGGAUCCUGACAUCCCAUUUGUCCAACUACGAACCUCGGUGUGCCAAUGAUGAGGCUACUAAUAGAAACACAAAUCAAAGCGAAACACCUACUCGCGAUGUUGAGGAUCCCUCUGCUCUGACUUCUGCUCGAGAUGACGUAGCUGGAGAUUCUAGAAGGUUCUCGUCUUUGGGACUGAUGGCCGCGUCUCAGUUGGCAUGUGUAGCUGGGGGUCUGAGAGCGACUAGGUUUAGAACGGCUGAUGAAAUUGCCAACUGGGAUAUGGAGUCUUUGUCUCGAUCGCCUUUUGAGGAGAAACCAUCGACAGCCAAUGCGACUUGUGGCAGCAUCGACCUUAGUUUUCACAGCAACAACAACGAGGACAACAGUGCAGACUGGGACACCAGAUCGGCCACUCCAGCCGGUAGCUCCACCGGCCGAACUUACAAAGCAGUAAGUGGUGGAAACAGAGUUCGAAGAAGGAGUGUUGGACUGGCCAGAAACUUGACCCAAUAUACCAUUGAGAACACAGAGGGAUUGCUGGGCGAUGUAAUGCUACACAAAGUCGUCCUAAGCUCCAGUCAGGAACUGAAAAGCUGCGCGGAAUCCCUUCUGCAGAAACUAACCAGCGAUGUUAGAGAAAAGGAAACGAGACUAAACGAACAUCUGAAGUUACAAACAACAAAAGUUCUAACCGAUGUGCAUGUGGCAGUCAAUAAAAUUGUAAACUACUUCACGAAAACUCUUCAGACACUAUUUCCGAAGCAAACAUUCCAAACUGCAAAAUACAUUCGAACACUGAAAGAAAUGGACAACUUAUACGAAGAUGGAAAUCACGAGGAACCACAAAUGUCGCCCGGGAAGCCCCUGGACAACAAUGCUAAUGAAGUCGACGGGAAUCCGACUGAAGGCCUCCAAGAUCGUGUUCUGAAGUCGGAUGUUCCUCUGUCGCCUUCGAAAGUCGGGAACCCUGUUAUUUUGAUGGAAACUCUGGAGUGCAUUAAAAUGGACCUUGCGAUGCAUGAAAGUGACAUUAAAGAACUGAAAGGUAAAACAGAACUGUUGUCGGGACUCGAAUUAUCUCACGAUGAAUUGAAAGAAGAUUUGAGUCAAAAAUCGGACGAGAUUUUGCGUCUUCAAGAAGAAAUGGACGAACUUCUGACGAGGAAUAAAGAACAAGGAAUGGCGUUGGAAAAUUUGAAGCAUAAAAUGACAGAAUUGAGUGAGUUCAAAGCAAAACUGGUAGCCGAAAAAGUUGAGUUAGAAGAAACCAUUGACCGAAUGAGACAGGAGAAUGAUGGGGAGAGUUUGGCUCGAGUGGAGGAUAUUAAGCGCCAGAAUGAAGAUUGUCUAAGAGAGGUGUUGGGUGAAUUGAGUGUGAUCAAGACUAGUAUCGGCGAGAAGGACUCCCAAAUUCAGAGACUGAAGGGCGAAAUAGUCAUUCUCUCUGAGAAGUUGAGCGACCAUCUAGCCGAUGAGUUGACCAGGGACCAAAUUGACAGUGCCUCACAGGAACUGACUUUGGAAGACUCGCUUUCACGACUCACAGCUCUAGUUGACAAAAACGCACAAGCCAUUCUCAAGUUCAAAUCGCAAGAAGUGAUCUUGGAGAAACUGCAAAUAUCAAAUGCGCAGUUAAUUGAGCUAGUCGACAGCAAGACUACUAAAAUAGGCGAAAUGGAAUUAAAGCUAGAAGAUGUAGACUCCAUUUACGCAACAUUGGAACAGAGAAAUCAGGAGUUUUCAGAUUUGAAACAGAAAAUGGAAGACGAAAACAAUUAUUUACAUGGAGAUAUCGAAAAACUGAAGGUUGAGUUAAAGCAAGCUGAAGAAAAUAUGACGGACAACGAUUUACGCCACCAAGAAACGGUUGAAUUUAUGGGCCAGCAAAUUGAAGAACUUCAAAUUUCGCUUCAAGAUCGAGACGAGAAAAUAACUCGCGUUCAAACAAAACUGGAUUCGCUUGUGGAAUGGUUUAAUAAUUCCCGAAGUAAACCAGAAAGACGAAAGAGUUUGGUUUUGGAAAACGAGCCAAAUGAAAGACUUGACGUUGAAGUGCCAAAUUUAAGCGCGAUUGGAGAUAUCGAUCAUCCAAUUGCAGUAACGAUUGAAAUGUUGAAACAAAGUAUAGAAGAGAACCGAAAAGAUAUUAUAAAAUACGAAGGGAGUAAUGAGAAAUUCGAAGCGAUUGAAUUGGAUAAUAAGCGACUUAGGAGUAAAAUGGAAGCUAAUUUGGAAGAGUUGCAGAGACUGAAAAGUGAAGUUGAUCAGUUUGCGAGGAAUAAUGAGAAGUUGAAGUCGAUGUGUGAGAAAUUUGAAGACCAACAGACCCAGUUUGAAGUUUUGAAAUCGGAGUUGGAACAUGACAAGGAAGCGGCCAUUGUGUCCCUGGAUUCUGCCAAACGGGCUCUAGAGGAGGAGCAGAGGGGGAGGGCAGAAGUGGCGGAGAGAAGUCACGUGGACAUCAGUGGACUGAAGGAACAGAUAGAACAAUUGAGAGACGAACUGCUGCUGUCUCAAAAGUAUGUGUCCGAGUUGUCGCUUAUCCGAGACAACCACGAGGAGAACUCGAAGCUACUCAAACAGGAGUUGAAUGCUAAAUUGCAACAGAAAGAAUCCACAAUAAGAACUUUGCAAACCACCAAUCAGGGGUUGAAAGAGACAAAUCUGCAGCUGACAAGUGAUAAGAGUGACUUGAAGAGUGCAGCGGAGUCUCUGAAGAGAGAGUGUGACUCAUUGGAGAAGCGGUGUGCCCAAGUGGAGCAGGAGAGACUGAAGAUCAAGACACAGUACGAACAGGCUCUAAGGUCCCUCUCUAUCCCCCCACCCACGCCCAAUCUCGCUCUCCAGUCUCCAAUCGAGCUGCCAUCGAAAGAAAAAAUGCGAGACGACAGUACGAUGCUGCUGCUGCAGACUCCGAAUCGCCUCAGUCUGGGAGAGUCCCCAGUUGUGGAUGCCAAAUCACACUCCACCCAAUUUUCUCGUCCUGCUGAAACUACCAAGUCGACCCUAUCGCCAAUUUCAGACUGCAACGAAGCGGAUGGUCAAAACGCAAAUGCGGAAGAGAUCAACGUAUCAAACGAGUCUGAAGAAAUCUACCACAGUUUCAAUGAUGAGAAUGAAAUAGAAUUGGACGUCGAUGAUGGCGGGAAUCAUGGCCCUGGUUUGGAGAGAGGAGGCCCCAGGAAUCGGUUUAAAGAUGCAGAGAAGAUGGAAUUGAUGGAACUUAACCAGUCGCUGAAGGACUUUAUCGUCCAAUGCAACAACCUAUCUGCUCAGGCGCUCGACAUGACCUCUAAGAAUGAUUGGCGUCUAGACCUUCUUAAAUGUGUGCAGAAUAUCUUCAUACACGAACAACAGCUGAUCACUAACGAGGCCAGAACACUCGAAGAUAAAAUCAACCAAUCACAUUCCUCCAAAUCUUCGAACUCAACUGAGUUGAAAAAAUGUAGAGAAGAGUUGGAAAAGUUAAAUAAAAGAGUAGAAAGGUUGACAAAAGUCAUUCAAGAAGGAGUCUCCCAAAUUCGAGUUGCAGAUAGAGUUUCUCUGAUAAAUGAGGUGAAAGAUCUGAAGAAACGAUUGAACUCGAAGAGCAGUUCGGGGUCAAGAAAGGGGUCAAGCUCAGAGGAACCGAAAGGUCGAUCACAAGAUUCGUCUAUAGUUGCAAAGUUGGAGCAGAAAGUGCAGCAGUUGGAGAGUGAGUUGCGUGAACAACAGGUGGUAGGGUGUGAUCUAAAUACCAGAUUGAGACUAGAGAGCGGCAGGUGUGAAGAGGCCACUGACCAGCUGAAGAAACUGAGCAGGGAGUUGAACAAAUUGAGAAGUGAUCAUCACCCGAAUAAAGGGGGAGUUGGAGAGGACCCGAACGCGACUUAUAGAUUAAACGAGACUGAGGAGAAUCGAGAGAUAGGAGGUGGAGAAUUGAACCACAUGCGGGAGGUCUGUGCUCAGUUGGAGAAGAACCUCGACCAAGAGAAGCAGACCGUGAGAGAUCUUAAACGCGAGGUGAACAAAGAACGAGAGAAGAGUACUGCAUUCGAGGCUGAGGCAGACAUGCACAAGAACUACGCGAAUGAAAUUAUGUCUGAGUUAAACCACUUAGAGCAGAAGACUGUGUAUGAGUUAAAUGACAAGUUGACCUCUCUUCAGACUCAACUGAAAGCGUCGGAGAAUAAUUUGUGGGAGAAGAAUAGAGCAUUUAAUAUCGCAAGGAAUACGAUCAGUGAUCUAACAAAUCAGCUGGAGUCAUCUAAGUUUGAACUGGGAGAGACGAGGACGAACAACUUGCAGCUGGAUUUGAGGUGUAAGAAUCUCGAGAAGAGUGAGAAGGAGAUGGCAAGGAGACUGCAGGUGAAGGAGUCGGAGAUGAAGUCGAUGGAGAGGAGUCUCAAACUAGCACAGAACAGAACGGAACAGUCUUGUCAUCUGCGCAGAUGCAACGACAUGGAGUGUUCGCGUGACUCGCGAGUGAGCAAAUUGGAGCGGGAGGCGGACACGAGAGAAGGCCAGUUGGAGGAGGCCAGAGCAGACAAGGCCAGACUGCAGAGACAGGUGGACUCUAUUAGUGAACAGGUGGACACUUGUAAACUACACAUCCAGAAACUCACGCUGUCCAAAGAGUCCAACGAGGCAGAAAGACAGAAUUUGUUCGCGCUGAUUGAGGAGCAGAAACUAGCCAUUACUAAACUGGAGAAAGAAACAUUGAAUCUGAAGGCAUCAAGAGGGCACUCUAGAAGUGCUUCUGCCCAGCCGCCAAUGAACUCCAACUUAACUGUGAUACAGGCAGAGAAGGAAGACUCGCUGGACUCUGAAACUGGAACAUAUGUCAACAACAACAACAACAACGUGGAAAAUGUGCACAAUGGUGACGAUGUAAUGGGUCCCGAUGACGUCACAGACGAGGACCACGUGAGCGCAUUCCAACAGCACGUGGAGAGUGUGAGAGCCAAUGUGCAGAUUGCACUGACCAGAUAUCUGGAGGCAGUCCACGUCUUCCAGAGUCAUGGGAACAAAGAUGGUUUCAUGCUGGAGACGAAGCAUAUUUUGACCCACGGGAAAGAAUGUCUGGAUCAAAUCCAGCAGAUAGCAGAGAAAUAUGUCAUAAUGCCUACCAGAAUAUCGUCACGCAGUUUGCUGUCGCUGAACGAGAAGCUCAUCCAGCAGAAUCGCGACUUAACCGACGUCGUUUCUCUCCUCACAAACGAGAGAAUUGCUCUGCAAAGAAAAGUAGACGAAUGCAAUAUGAAAUCAAACUGCUCGCAGUCAACUGAACUGCAACUACAGAAAGUUUAUGCUUCGUUUCUACGUGCAGACAGCAGAAGGAAGAAUCUGCUUUAUCAGAAGAGGUAUCUGUUGCUGUUAAUUGAGGGCUUCAGGUCCUAUGAGGAUUCGGCCCUGAGGAUGAUUUCAGAGAUGGGACUGCUGUCUGCGGAUACAUUUACGAGUGAUUUAACGAGUGGGUCUUUGCUGUGCAGAAAUGUACCCAUAACGCCAUACAGAAGAUUGAAAGGGGCUGUGCGUGCUGUGAUGGCUGUGUGGCGAAUGAAACAGUUGGUGUUCAAGUGGAGACAUAUCUGCAACCCCACCAUACCCAAGCAUAUCCCCCCAACAGCCACUCACAUGUCGACUGCUGCUGCGGCUGCUGCCAAAUCACUCUCUCAAAGCUCGCUCUCUGUCUACACUGAUGAAGCAAGAGGAAAAAUGGGAAACAACUCUUCCGAAAGGAUCACUUGUGGUAGUGGUCGUACCUGGAAUGUCAAGCACGGAUCCAACACCAGAAACGGACAGCCACAGCAAUCACUAGUCGAGUCAGUGGCUCUUAGCAACACUUCACAUUGCACGUAUACCAAAAGUCCUCAAAGUGGUCCAGCAAUCAACCAACAAUCCAAAAGAGGUGGUCACAAUCAGGGGUCACAAAAUGCUGCCAACCCAGGAUUCUGGGUACCUGCCACUUGUUCAGAAUCGAACGAAGAGACAGCUCACAAAGGUCAAACAGAGGUCAAAGUCACCAAAGGUCAAUCGGGGAAAGGUCAAAAGAAGCCAAAUAGUAACCAACCUGGAGGUCACUCGAGUGAACAUAACAGAACUGGGAGUGGCGACUUUGAAGAUCCUUUAGUGUCGCGUUACAGAAACAGACUGACAGAGAUGCAGCAUAAGCUGUCGAGUAUUAACUGUGACCUUGGCAAGAGCAAUCAGCCCCAACAAGGAAAAUCUUCAACUCACUCGCCUCAGCACAAGCGCUGAACUGAAUCGAGAUUGCUUCAGACGUUUAUCGGAUCUUCAGGAUUGUGAAACAUAUGCAGAUAUAGAUUCGUCGAUUCUUUUUUUUGUGAAAGCUACUUUGCAAAACUUUAUGCCAUACUACUUAAGUUAUAGAAGUUCGGAAAAAAGUGAGAGUAGUACAUAAAAUACUUAAAAAUUUGGGCUAUUAAAACUGUGCAAUUUAUUACAAGCGUUCCAAAUAGUUACACGUUGGACAGAUACUUAAAUCUUAUGCAUAUAUUCGGGUUUCAUACGUUUUGCACAUAAUUGUUCGAAAAGUUUUAGCACGAGUUAUUUUGACGUUUUUUUUGUUAUUGAUACAUAGCUAAUAACAGGAUAUUUUCUCAGAAUGAUCA